UCAGUUACGAUCGCGGCGCGAGCGUGUCAAGUACUAGGAAACGCGAAAAGCAGAAAAACACGUUUGCCACCAAACGGGUGGAAAAUUUUCCUUAGUCGUCCCCCCACCACCAGCGCGCUGACGGUGGUUGAAACGCAAAAGCAAUAAAAUAUAAUACGCCAAACACAGCGGCGCGCAUACAUAUAUGAAAAUUCUAUGCAGUGCGAAAUAAAUGCGGAAAUAUUGUAAAUAAACAAAACAAAUCAAAAAGUUUGGCGAAAAUUAUAUGUGCAAAGUAAAGUUGCUUAGCAAGCAAUUAACAUUAAUAUGGUGACGAUCGAAAAUAAGAAUCUAUUGAACGACAAUAGACUAGGCACGGGAGAAGGAGGAAAUGGCAGCUCAGGACAGCUGAAGGCACAGAUUGUGCCCGCCCAGCCCAAGACGCUGCAGCACUUGCCCAAGCGUCCAGCCGUAGAUUUGGCAUUCCAUAAUCUGACCUAUCGUGUCAAGGAAGGCAAUCGCAGCAAUGCCAAAACUAUCCUUAAGGGAGUUAGUGGGCGUUUGCGCUCAGGACAGCUCACCGCCAUCAUGGGACCCUCAGGAGCUGGCAAGAGUACACUGCUUAACAUAUUGUCUGGUUACAAAACCACAGACAUUGAGGGCAGUGUUACCAUGAAUGGCUCUGAGCGCAACUUGAGCACGUUCCGUAAAUUGUCCGCUUAUAUAAUGCAGGAUAAUCAGUUGCAUGGCAAUUUGACGGUCCAAGAGGCGAUGACAGUGGCAACGAAUUUAAAGCUCAGCAAAAAGUUCACUAAACUCGAAAAGAAUUCAAUGAUUGACGAUAUUUUGCUGACAUUAAGCUUAAUCGAACAUCGCAAUACAAUGACACGCAAUCUGUCUGGUGGUCAAAAGAAGCGUCUAUCAAUAGCCUUGGAGCUGGUUAGCAAUCCGCCCAUUAUGUUCUUCGACGAACCCACAUCGGGCUUGGACAGCUCAACCUGUUUCCAAUGCAUACAUCUGUUGAAAAUGUUGGCCGCAGGCGGACGCACUGUCAUCUGUACCAUUCAUCAACCUUCGGCGCGUCUGUUUGAGAUGUUCGAUCAGCUUUAUACGCUGGCCGAUGGCCAGUGCGUCUAUCAGGGCAGCACCAAGCAGUUGGUGCCAUUCCUUUCUACGCUGAAUCUGGAGUGCCCCAGCUAUCACAAUCCGGCCAGUUAUGUAAUUGAAGUAUCCUGCGGUGAGCAUGGAGAUCAUAUACGCAAACUGGUGGAUGCCAUUGAUAAUGGCAAGCGGGACAUUCGCUCGCAGGCGGACUACGCUGGUCUCAAGGCACGCAACGAUUUGGUUAAAGUACAAAACUUGAAGGCCAUACUGGAUAAGAACGAUGUGAGCAAUGUGAGUGGCAGCAAGUACGAGGAUAAUCUGACCUUGAACAAUGGCCUGCUCAAUGGCAUGGUCAAUGAUAUUGUGAAGGAGACGAACGGCAAGAGCUCAACGGCUUUGGUUUGCACCAAUGAGAAGGGCGAUGCUUUAAUUGAUGUGGAGAAGACAGACAAUUGCACUACGGCCUUGUUAUCGGAGGAGAUAAUGUCGCCUGAACGUUAUCCGACCUCGCAGUUCCAUCAAUUCUGGGUGGUGCUCAAGCGUACAUUACUCUUCAGCUAUCGCGAUUGGACUCUUAUGUACCUGCGUUUGUUUGCUCACUUGCUGGUUGGCUUUCUCAUUGGCGCUUUGUAUUACGAUAUUGGUAACGAUGGUGCCAAAGUGCUCAGCAACUUGGGUUUUCUAUUCUUCAACAUGCUGUUCUUGAUGUACACGUCCAUGACUAUAACUAUUUUGUCGUUCCCAUUGGAAAUGCCGGUCUUACUAAAGGAGAACUUUAAUCGCUGGUAUUCCUUAAAGUCCUACUAUUUAGCUAUAUCCGUUGCUGAUAUACCAUUCCAGGCAAUAUUCUGCGUGAUUUACGUUUCCAUAGUAUAUUACUAUACCUCACAACCUUGGGAGCUAUUCCGCUUUGCCAUGUUCCUGUCCGCCUGUCUCCUGAUUUCAUUCGUCGCACAGUCUGUGGGCUUGGUCGUCGGUGCUGCUAUGAAUGUACAGAAUGGUGUGUUCUUGGCUCCAGUUAUGUCUGUACCAUUCCUGCUGUUCUCUGGCUUCUUCGUUUCAUUUGAUGCAAUACCGGUUUAUCUACGAUGGAUCACAUACUUAUCCUAUAUUCGAUAUGGCUUCGAGGGCACAGCAUUGGCCACUUAUGGUUAUGGACGCGAGAAGUUGAAGUGCUUCCAAACCUAUUGUCAUUUCAAGGCACCCAACACUACCUUGGAGGAACUGGACAUGGUCAAUGCUAACUUCACGCUUGAUAUUGUCGCUCUGGUCGUCAUCUUUGUGGUGCUGCGGGUUUCAGCUUACCUCUUCUUGCGCUGGAAGCUAAAGACCACGCGAUAAGCUAAUUUAAAAUUAUUUUAGUUUCUUCGGGUUUUAAAUUUAGUUAUUUUUGUGUAAUAUGUAUAUGUUUCCAAGUUCUAACAUUUUAAUUUUAUAUUGUGAUAAAAAGGUUUCAAAUUUGUGAUCAAUAUUCCAGCUGUAGAAAAUUUUUAAUAACUAAUUAAUGAAAAUGUGCAACAUUUGUAAACAUCAGUCGAGAUACAGCCAAAAACAAAAACAACUUGGAACACAUAUAAAUUUAGCGGUAGUGCGAAAUAUUCAUAUUUUUAUACACUGGUGUACAAUCUAUGUAUUUACAUGAACAAGUUUUAUAAACAUACAAAACAUAUGUAUUUAUAUUAAUGGGACCCAAUAAGCUUCAACGAACAAUGUACAUACAUAUAAAAGAAAAUAUUUUUGAAAAUGUUAUCAAUUUAUAUAUAUUAAUGGGCACAGCAUGCAGACAAUACAUAUCUGCAUCUGUUAUGGGCAUUUGUAUUACAAACAUUCGCUGAAAGAAGAAAAUAAAAUUUUUGUAAACCUAAUUGUAGUAAAGUGUCGCAUGUUUUUAACCAAAUUUAUGGGAUUAAGAAUUUAGCAAGUCGUAUUAAUAUUGUAAGAAGGCUUUUUUUCAAUAUACAUGUGUAGCCUAGCUUUGUACACAAUAAAAAUAAAUGUUUAAAUGCAA